CUCUCUCUGCUGAUGCUUUUUCACCCGCCUGUGUUUAUUCCUGAUUCCUGAGGAGAGACAGAGAGGUUUAAUGGGAUGGACCUGCUGCCCACCGACUGCUAUUACUGCUGCUGUUUACACCGCGGCAUCAUGGGAGCUGUAGUCUCCUCUGCAGCCCGGGAGGACAGCUGAUUAGCCGGGGAUUGUGGGUCAUCAGAGUUUGGAAAUGUGAGCUGGUGGACAAACAAGGCUCAGCAAACUCUCUGGCUUUCUAUUGUCUUGAUCUCUUUUGGACUCGUGUUGUUUGUUGUCCCUUUUCUGUCCUCUUCAUCUUCCUUUCUCACCUAUUUCCUUUUUUAAAAUCAUUUAUCCCUCCAUUUGUUAUCCUCGUCUCACUCUCCUUCUAAUUUGUAUCUGUCGAGGAAAAGGGAAAAGUCAGAAUGGGUUGUCGUCUCACCAAGACCAAGGCCAAGACUCACAAACCGGCUCAGCAGCACCAACACCGGGAAGAGUUGCACUUCGUGGAUGAGUAUGGCCAGCCAAUCACAAUGCAGGUGGAGGCAAGAAGGGAUCAUGGUCACAGGAGGCGGCGGUCUCGAUGCGGGCCGGAGUUCAGCGUCCCAACAGAGAGACACUGGGAGGCCCUGAGAGCCAUGGGGCUGAUGGAGGGAGAGGGGGGCCAGGGAGACGGAUACACUGUAGGGCCUUACUAUGGUCACAUGGCCGUGUCACCUGACCUGUACUCGGCCAACAGUCACAUGAUGAUGUCUGAUGUCUAUCCACCCAAUGGAUACCUGCCUAGAUCAUCCAAUGAUCAGCAUCAGGGGAACAGCUACUUGCCCAGCGUCUCCUACAGCUUAGAUCACCUGGACAGACUGGACUACCAGACUCCAGAGAUGUUGCCCUACCAGCCUAACUCAGAGAGCUGUCUGAUUGGCUGCUACAACACAGAAGAGAUGGAGCCCAAUCAUUUCUCCAGACAGCAGGACUACCAGCCUCCCUGGCGGUCUGAUCGUCAUCUGGGAUACCUCCCCCUCAGUGAGCUGGACAGUGGGCUUGGAUGUGGUCCCGACAGUCCCAACCACCGGGCGGCGUUCUCCGAGGCAGAGACAGACGCCAUGUCUUCUCUGCCGGGUCACACCGCCUCCUCCCAAGGCUCCUCCUCUUCCUCCGAGUCCCUCAUCUCGUCUGAACCCAGCGACUCGGGUUUCCACAGCGUCAGCACCGGGGAGCACAGGCGACUGCAUAAGAUACACGGAAGCCACGCCCAUCGACAAACUCACCAUCUUCGCUCUGGUCAGUCCCCUCGAGAGCAGAGAGGACGCUGGGAUUUGGAGUCCAUCCCAGAGACCACUCAAAUGAAUCACUCUGGAGCACCACAGGCGUCCCGUUGCACUGUGGGUAACAGCACGACCACCACAGUUCACUUCCACAGAGCUGAGAGAAGUCCCACCUUACCUCGCCACCGUUCACCACCUUCCCCUUCCAUUGGUUGUCAUACUGAGCCUUGCCAGCGUAGGGCGCUGUGGUUGGAGCAGCAACAGCAUGGUGGCGGGAGGAUAGGGGUUCCCGUGCGGAGUCAAACAAUAACAGACUUGAGCGAAGGCCAGCGCCCCCGCAGGGCCAGUCAUCCCAACAUGGCCGAUCCAAACAUUCUCCAGAGCAGCCAACCGCGAGCAGCCAGCAACACGCUGGGCCCGAGGAGCAGGGCCAGUUAUCCCAGUAACUCUCGCCCCACCAGUCACCACCUCAGCAUCGACAGAACCAGUAUGAUCAAUCAGCAGAACAUACUGAGAAACAGCAAGUGCAUGAGCCGGAGCAGAGAGGAGGACUCCUUCUCUAAGAGUCCUGGGUCCGGCUCCAGUGGAGCGUCAGACUGGCGCGGGUUUCAAACCUUAGGGAGUCGCCCCGGCAUGCCUACAGCUCCCUCUGUUCCUUACUACAGCACCCUGGGAGCCCCGCAACAUCACCCUCGCUCUCCCCCCUCUCCACGCUCCAGACUGUCCAAUCAGAAGUCAGUCAGGAACCAGCUCCUGAGAGCACGAGCUUACCGAUUGGCCAGGGAACGCAGCGAGGUCACAACAGAUGAGGACGUGCGAGGAGAGGGGGAGAGAGAAAGGGAUGAUGACGGGGAGGAUGGACGAUGGGCUGGGAGAUACUGGAGCCGCACCGAAAGAAGACGCCAUGCUGCGUUAUCACGGCAACACAGAGAGAGGAGGGGAGGGGAGGAGCAUGGCGGGGGUCUUCAGGGGUCGCUGUCGUCUCAAACUGUGCUGGAGCUGAGCCACAUGAAGCAGAACCGACUGAGGAACCGCAAACUGCUUGAUGAUUGGACAACUGUUGAAGAACUGCUGACUCACGGGACUCGAGUGGAGAGCGACAGUCAGCUUUGUCCCAGCCCUCUGUUAUCAGUUACAACCGUCUGAUUGGGAAAACUCAUGAUACACAUUCCUAUAUUUAUGAUGAUUUAAGAAAGUAUCCAAUACAACACUCAGGCCCAGAUUCAUAGAAGGUUUGCGUAGUUAAAAUUGCAAAUGUCUGCACUAAAUUGACCAAAUCAGAAAGACUAAUUUUUGGAGACAGAAGUCAUGAAUCCAUCAAUUACAUUUAAAUUAGAUCAUUUUAAACCCUUUGCUGCUACCAAUUGCAUAGUCAAUGUAUGGAGAGGAUAGGGGGAGUCUGAGGGUAUCAACCAAUUUAAUAUAUAGCUGAUAAACCAAAACAAUGACUUAAAAAAGGCUAAAAGUUGGGUAGAGCUGCUGAGUUGGUGUUACACUUAAACGGAUUGGCAAUACUAGUGUUAAGUGCCAUUUUCACAUUGCAUUGCACCAGUCUAUGCAAUGUGAAAUGUUACAAUUUUUUAAAUAAACAAAUGCUUAUAUAGAUGCUUGCAGACAUGAGCUUAAACAGAUUAACAGAAAUGUAAAAAUGCAACUACAUUGGACUUAAAUACAAUAAAAAGGUCUUAGUCUGGUCAUUUACUGUAUCAAUGAAAGUCUGGACAUCAGAGCAUAAAAGUAUCUAUUCAUAGGGUUUCAGAAUUAUAAGAACAACAUGGCCAAAGUUGCAACCGGGGGUCAGACCAAAAAAAAAGGUUCAAAUGAACACAAAUGUAUGGCAUCUUCCUAUCGCUGGAGAACCUAAACUGACGAACUGAACCAAGGCUACAGUCUGACAAGAACAAGAAACUUCUGAUGGAAAGAUUGCUAUAGAAAUGAGUUUCUGCAGGUUUGUACGAGUAAAGGAAACUAACGAGCUUCAGACUCUGCAUCAUUAACAGAUUCACUGGACGCACCAGUCGGACUCUUCACACACCAGACCGCCUGUGACUAAUCUGAAAUAACACACGUCGGUUGUGUUGCCUUGUGAAAACGUUUCUACAUCUCCUUUAUCUGGUUUAACUGCCUUUGAUUCCGUCUCUGUGCCAUAAAUUGUCAAAAGGGUGACUUUAGGGUGAAAUUAUAAAAAUUGUAAGCCGGUUGGAGGAUGAUCAAACAGCCUCUAAAUCCACUUUGAUGUUGUUGCACCAAACUGUUGUUGUUGUUCUGGCACCACUUUCACAAUUUUCAUCCCGGGUUGUUUACCCUUUUGAUCUCUCACAGACUUGGAGUGCAAAUGAAUAAGAUAUUUAGGGUGGGCUCACAGGUCUCCAUGCAGCAAUGUUCAAUCCGGUUUCUAUUUAGUUCUUAGUAUGCUGCUGCAUUUAGUGAUCAUAGCUAUCCAAAGAGAUUUAUAUAUCUGUUCUCAAAUCAAGGGUUGCCUAGGUGCCAUAGUUUGACAUUUUGUGGACGACCCUUUCUUUGUUUUCUCUCGCAUUAAGUUAGAUGAGAAUAUUGAUCCCAAUGUAUGUUGAAUAUGAAGCUACAGCCAUUGGACUGUUAUCUUACUUAGCAUACAUACCAGAAGAAGGUAGGCUAGUUAGAUAAAUCCUCCAGCAGGCCAUUUUGGGACCAUACGUCAAUUUGUCUGAAGAUGAUAAGCCUGAUAGACAGACUUCUUUCAAGCACUAUUUUUUACAGUAGCAGUUACUAACUUAAGAUAUGAGGAUGGAGUUGGAGUUAAGAGACGAGGUGAUUGAUGCUUGAUUGACUGAAGUAGCCAGUUUAGAGUCAGUUAACUUUGAAUUAUUCAGCUUCAAUUAGAAAUAAUCAAAUUGCAGUUUGUCGAUGAGCUCCGAUAUUGUAUUUCAGCAAACGUUUUCUGCCUCUAUUUCAUGCCACCAAAUCCUACCCAAAUGUGAUUGGUCAAUACCAAAUACCAAAACGCUGUUCAGUUUACUAGUUCUGAAUUUAUAUACAGUUUGAAAAAAUCCUAAAGCAGUAAUAGCUCCCAGUGAAACUAAACAUGUGAGAACACAUGUUUAUUUUUAAGCUUUAGAGGAUUUGAUAGGCAGAUAUUAUUUACCUUUGGACAAUGCUUCCCAUUGUUUAGAGCCUAUAUGGUCAACUACGAUACAGAGUUGCUGGCUGUAGCUUCUUAUUGCAUUAUGUCAAAUAGGUAUCACUCUUCUCAUCUAAAUGAAAUGAAGAUGUAAUUGAUCUUUAAAUGACUCAAUAAGAUUCUCAUCCAGCCUGAAUCUCAGGUAGCUUUUCUUUCUACUAAAUAUAAUCCUAUUCUUUUGAAGUGAUUACCGGAUCAUCACAACAACAGUCCUUAAGUUUCCUUACUUACGUUGGGCUUACACUGGUGACAAAUAUCGAUAUAUCUUGUCACAUACAUGCCAGAAGACGAUAUGGGUGGCAGCAUUAAUCUGAGACUAAUCAGGGUGAAAUGAUAUGUUUAAUGUAUAUACUGAAACUGUUCAAUGCAAUUUUGUCAAAAUAAGAUAAUGUCAAUUUAUUUUCAUAUUCUGUCGAGGUUUGGAGGAAAUCAAGACCGUUUACAGGUCACAAAGUUGGACUCGUCAAAUGAAUAUAUUUAAGGUUUAUUUUUUAAGUGUGUGUGUGUGUGUGUGUGUGUGUGUGUGUGUGUGUGUGUGUGUGUGUGUGUGUGUGUGUGUGUGUGUGUGUGCGCGUGCCAGAAAGAGAGAAAGUAUAACGUUUGAUACCAACGUAUUAGUCGUGUUUAGCCAAAGAUAUUGUAUAACUUUGGUUUGUAGACAAUCUAGAACAACAAUCACUGUAUGAUGUAAAAGUAUAUUUUAUAAUUAUAUUAGUUUUAUAUACUUUUUCCUUUAUUUUGCCUUCAGUAGAUGAACUCUGCUUUUCACCAACAACCUGCUAUGCUUGUGUACAGUAUGUAUAUAGAUGUAAUGUAAAAUCAACUGUUAGCAUAAGCAAGCUUUAUUAUGACAAACUAAACCUAGCAUGCUAACUCCUGAUUAGCACAGAACAAGCAUUUCAAUGAUUGCCUAAACAAGUGUCAUAAGUGCUCAAGUCAUCGUCCUCUAUUUUUCACAGCUUUGAUUUUGACAUAUUAUCUAAGAGGAAGUGGAGCUCGAAAUCACGUAUGAUUUAAUUUGUUAAAUUGUGUUGAGGGAGCCAUGUGACUAUGUUGUGGCUGGUUACAGUGCAUUCUGUGAAGCAUGCAUCUAACUCAUCAUCUGUCUAUCUGAGGUCAAACUAACGUUUUUUCCACCCUCCACACCCAGGAAAAUUCUUAAAAGGGAAACUUUAUACAGUAAUGUCAUAGCUGUGAUUACUCCGAUACAACAAUAUCUUUAUCGAGAUGUGUUUCUUGUUCUUUAUUUUGACAUGAAGGAUUGAGGGGAAAUGUGUUCAUUCUUUAUUUUUUGGAAGGUCAGAUAAAAAGAUAAUUUUAAGUCUCAUGCCUGUGUGUUCAAUACAAAGUUUAUAGAGAGGUGGUUAGCCUAGCUUAGCACAAAGUUUGAUUUUGAAUGUUUAUUCCAUAUCGCAUUUCCUGGAAUGUGAUUUCACAGUCCUUGCAUUGACUGUCGAACAAGAAAUAUUUCCUGCAUUUUAACAGAGAAGAGACUAAUAUUCAGCAUUGUGGCUCACUCUCUGAGCAAACCUAAAUGGGUAUAUUUCACAAAAUGUUGAAUAAUUAUUUAAGAGAGUUCAACUUUAAAAGGGCACGUGAGACUAUGUUGUUUAGGUUUUGUGAAUCUGGUCCUGAAUUGUGGGGUUUUUACUGUUUCUGUCUCUUUCAGGGCUGUGUGCAAUAAUCAGACGUCUAGUUUUAAUCUGCUGGUCGCAGUCUGUUGUGUUUUUGCUCAACGUGUCGUGCUCAGGUUUGUGUCUGUAUGAUGUCAGAGAAGGAGGUAGUGUGUGUGCAAUGAGUUCAAGAUGAGACAGGAAGGCGACAACGAGGGAUUUUUGUAUUUUUUGUUUGUGUUUCCAUGCACCUUGUGACCUCACAAAUGUAAUGAAAUUUGAAUCAUGGUGUCCAUGAGAUUUCUGAUGGAUCUCACCCAAAAAUAAUUGAAAACAAUGUCAGUAAACU